AUGCUUUUCACAUCAUUCCACUGUAUUGCGCUUUUAUUAUUGUCCGCCUCGUACAUCUUCGCAUUGGAGUAUCAACUAACUAUGUUGAACUACACAGAAGGCGUGGUGUGCCGCUACAUCCAUAAACAUGAAAACAACCCCAAUGGAUCAUAUAUCCGGUUAAUUGCUGAUGAGUCUAUUACAGAAUACAAAAUUCCCGGUUUCAUCUUCCCUCCGGAAAUUAUCAAUCAUCCGAAUAUUCCUACAUUUAAAGGAUUCACUGAAUUAUAUUCUACAAACAAAACAAAAUUGUACCAGGAAAUCUUGAACAAGGACGGGUUAUUCAAUGUUGAAUCUAGUUGGGCACAUACUGAAGAUGGUGUGAUAUUUUGGAGUGGCAUUAUCGAUAAAGAGAUUUUGUUUCCUGUAUCUAUUUCUAGAAUCUAUUGUGUUUACAUUGCCCCCAACCACGAAACAGAGCUUGGUUUUAAAUUGCCAGUAGAGUUUAGACAACAUUAUGGGAAUUUAAGCUAUGCACAAUACUUGUAUUAUGCGAGUGUUAAAACGGUUCUCACUAUCGCUUUUGCAUUACUUGCAAUAUCGUCGUAUUUCGCAUUGACACACAACGUUGAAAGGAACCCUAGAAACAUAAGCUCAAUCGAGGCUAUAACAAAGACGUUUGUGUUUUUGACACUAAUUCCAUUUGUUAUUGCUUUUUCAAUUGAGUUCGUACAUUUGUUUAUUGAAAAUAAUAUCGUUGCAACUUACCAAAAGUCUCGUAUAAUCAAGGCUUUGCAAAUCACUGAGAUGUUUGUGAUACAGUUUCACCUUGUGUUCAAAUCAUACACUGCUUUAUUGUUCUCUAUGGGAUUUGGUGUUAUUUUUUACUAUAACGAUAAGUCAAUUAGCUACAGGGAUUUCCCUCGUGAUCGUGGUUGGUUCAACAAGGCAACUGCAUAUCUAAUCUUCGAUGUAAUAGUUGGGUUUAUCUGGUUGCGUUUCCUGAUGCAAGAAACAAUUUCGUUAGUCGGGAUCCCUAUUAAACAGGAAGGUUAUAAUUUUGCAAGUUACUUCAUUUAUGUCAGGCAACUAAACUUUGUCAUCUGGUUUGUGCUAUCAGUUUUGUCUUACUUUAAAACUAAAAAGAACAUUACCACAACUCCACCAAACGUAGAUAUGGGAUCCACCGAUAACGUGGCAAUGGCCUUUAAGAGAUCAAGUUUGGUCAUUUGGAUCUUACCAGUUGUUGCAAAAGGCGUGAUUAUGGUGAUAUCUUAUAUCUUGAUGAUCAGGUUUGUUCAUAGUGAGGCUCCAGGGUAUUUCCCUGCCAGGAGUAAAUUACGUUUGAUGGUAAAGUCACUAUUCGAAUUGAAACAAAUGCAAAUGGCACAAAAGCUUGACUUGUUGACCUUUAUUUUCCAAGAAGCUGUCAGCACCCUUCUCACAGUAAGUAUUGUGUUCCUUUUCUGGGCUAGAAGCAGCCAUAGGGCAAAAACUGACCAGAAGACUCAAUAA